AUGGCGGCUGAUGAUUCUUUCAAUGAGGAAACUGGAAGGGUAGAAAGUGAGGACCGCGGGGUCCCUGUUACUGUUGUGCAAAGGAUGGGAAGCAAAGCGGCUCUUCUUCCCUGUGUCUUCAACGUGGAAACGACUCCAUCCCCUCGGGUGGAGUGGAAGAAAAUCAAAGGAAAACACGUCACCUUCAUGUACUUCGAUCAUGGUCUGACUGAUGCAUACAAGAACCGGGCGAAAAUGAACGGGUACAGCAUCAGGCUGCUCAGGGUGACCCGUGAAGACAUGGCCACGUACCGCUGUGAAGUGACAGCCAGGGAUGACAGGAUUGUCUUCGCUGAGAAGGAGUUCAAACUCUCUGUACUGGUGCCACCGGUUGUUCCCACGUGUAAAGUUCCAAGCUCUGCAAUCUCGGGGUCGAAGGUCAUGUUGACUUGCAAGGAGUCAGAAGGAUCACCGCCAUCCAAUUAUACCUGGUACAAAGAUGGCACCAUACUCCUGGAGCGUCCGGCUAAGAGUUCAACCUCCAACAAUUCUUACACUGUGGAUGGGAAGACAGGAAUACUGGUAAACAAGGGAUUUUGGAGAAUUAAAUCAGAUAGUAGGGACCCUGUCGUGGUUAAUGGUGAGGAUUUGAAUGGCUGUUCUUCCUUCCAUUUCUGCACAUUGUUUGUCGAUGAGAUAGUUUGCUUCUCACUUAUCCUUCACUUGCUUGCAGACGAUCUUGACAUCGGUGCAAUCGUUAUCACCGUAAUAAUCAUCGCCUUAGUGCUGUCACUGUGUGGGCUCGGAAUGUACUACACCCACAGAAAGGGUUACUUAGGGAGAUCAGGGUCCUCUAAGGCAAAAACCACCAAACAAACAGCUGCUUCUCCAGUGAAUGAAGAAUUCAAACAUACCAAGUCUUUUGUUAUCUGAAGCAAAGGGAAGAUCUGUGAAGAAUUUGAAACCACUAUUCAUAUCCAUAAAAAAUGUUAUGUCUUGUUUGUAGGACAGUGGUGUAGAUCUUGAUAAAACCUGAAAGAACUGCCAAUGCUGGAAAUCAGAAACAAAAACAGAAAUUGCUGGAAAAAUUCAGCAGGUCUGGCAGCAUCUGUGGAGUGAAAUCAGAGUGGAUGUUUCAGAUCCAGUGACCCUUAUUCAGAACUGUUCUGAAUUGUCACUCAACCUGAAAUGUUAACUCAGAUUUGCUCCACAGAUGCUGCCAGACUUGCUGAGAUUUUCCAGCAAUUUCUGUUUUCGUUUCUGGUGUAGGUCUUGACUCCAACCCUCCAAUUGCGGUCUCUUGCACAUUCCCAAAUUCCUUUACUCCUCAAUUAGCAGCAGGGCUUUUAACUGUUUGGACCCUAAGCUCUGGAACUUCAUCACUAGUCUUUUCUAUGUCUCUUUACCUCCUUUGAAGAGGCUCCGUAAAACUUACCUCUGUGUGCAACCUACCGUAAUAUCACCUUAUAUGGCUUGGUGUCAACUAUCGCAUGAUGAUGUUUAUGUGAAGCAUAUUAAAAUGUUUUAUGUUUAAAUCACUCCGUAGAUGAAAGGUGUUGACAGCAUGUUGAAAACCUGUUUUACAUCUCUGCAACUGUCUUUAUUGAAAGUAAGAAUGGAGAGAAAGAGAGAGAGAGAAAAUGCGCCCCAGCGUCUAUCAUCACAGUACUGCAUAAAGUCAAGGUUUAUCCCAGUGAAUUAUUGUCAAAGUAAGUGACUGCUCUAACUGCAGACACUGUCCUAUGUCUGAGGUAGUAUUGCCUCAUGACAAUGUGUUGUAAACCACCACCUCUCUCUUUUUCAAAAAUGUGAAGCCCAUAAAUCCCAUACUCCAUUUAACAGAGUCUUGGCACAUCGGAGAAAAGGGAUUUCUUUUUCUACAAUUACACUUCUUACUAAUUUUAUUUUUAAGGAAGAGAGGAAAGAACUGCAAAUACUGGCGAUGUAGAGAGAGUUCAGCAAUUUUGACUUAACAGUUAUCAAACAUAAUCUGAAUAGGGAAUUCUUCUGGAGUCCAGGCCACAUCGAUGCCAAAAUAUACAUCACUAAAGAGGAUUUAGGAUGAUCAUUUGUCAUGUUGCUGUUGGAGAGAGCUUGCUGUAUAAAAUUUGAUUGCUGCCCCUUUCCAAUGGUAUAACAAUGAAUACACUCCAAAAGUGCUUUGUUGAUUGUGAAGUGGGAUGAAUGUUGUGAGGAAGAUGUAAUGCAGCUUCAGGAGAAUUUUGAUAGUGAAUAGGCAAGAACAUAGCAAAUGGAAUAUAAUGUGGAAGAAUGUGCUUUAUGACAUCUUGGGGUCAAGAAUGGUGCUAUGUAAAUGCAGCUUUUACAUUUUUUAAGUCAAAGUGCACCAACUCAUAUUACUCACUGCUGUAAAGCAAGUUCGUAGAAUCCCUCCAGGGCAGAAAGAGGCCAUUCAGCUCAUCAAGUCCACACUGAUCCUCUGAAGAGCAUCUCACUCUGACCCUUGCAACCCUACAUUUACCAUGGCUUUUGCUGCCAUCCUGCAUACCAUGAACAAUUUAGCAUGGCCAAUCCACCAACCUGCACAUCUUUGAACUGUGGGAGGAAACCACACCCAAUGGAAACCCACACAGACAGAACAUGCAAACUCCACACAGACAGUCACCCAAAGCUGGAAUUGAACCCAGGCCCCUGGCGCUAUGAGGCAGCAGUUCUAAAUACUGUGCUGCUAACAAUUCAUCAACCUGCCUGAUAAGUUUGUUGCAACUGCAUGUUAGCUUUCAGUGACUCAUCAACAAUGACACAAUUAGGCCCCUUUGUACCUCUACACUUUCCAAUCUCUCACCAUUUAAGAAAUAAUCUUUACAUCAAUUUUUUUCCUACCGUUCUAACCUUAUUAUUUUUUACAUUAUAUUCCAUCCGCCAUGUUUCCACCCACUCACUAACCCUGUCCGAGUCCUCCUGAAGCUAUUUUACACCUUCCUUACAACACACAUUCCCACUUAGCGUUAUAUCAUUUGCAAUUUUUAAAAUUAAGUGUAUUUAAAACCAAUGCCUCCAUUAAUUUGCCUAUUUCUCAAAAUACCGGUAUCCUAAUAUUCUGAUUUUGGUUUUGUUCACUGCUAAAAAGUCGACUUGUGUUUACAUAGGACCUUUUACAACCUCAGAACAUCACAAAGCACACAAAAACUAGUGAGGUACUUUUAGCCAUUGUUGUAAUGUAGUGAAAGUGGCAGCCAGUUUGUAUGCAGUAAAUCCUCAUCACGUGAUGAGAAAAAGAUAAUCUAACUUACUACACUGAUUAAAGGAUAAGAACUGGCCAGGACACUGUGAAGAGUUCCUCUUCAAAAUAACACAACGGAAAUCUUUUGCAUCUACCAGAGAACAAAUGAGGCCUUAGACUGAUGUCUCAUCUGAAAGUCAGUACCUCUGACAAUGUAAUACUCUGUAAGAGCUGCACUAAAAUGUUAGAUUACAUUACAUAUAUGUGUAUGGAACAAGGGUUGAACCUACAACCUUCUAACUUAUAGACCCAUAUUCUACCCAGUGAGCUACAACAUCAUUCAGCUUAGCUGCUCCAAAUUCCCCAACUAUACACUUAAAACUGGCCUCUGGGGAUCAAUGUUUUUCCGACCCUGAUAUUUUCAAAGUGCCUUAAGACAAAUACAUCGACAAUUUUCUUCUCCAUAUUUGUAGAUUUACUGGAUGGAUCAAUAAAGAUAUAAGUUACAAUCAGGUUGUCCAGUCCCUGAGCCUGCUCCACUAUUCAAUAAGGUUAUGACUGAUCAGAUUACUCCACAGAUCCAUGCACCCUUGAUAACCUUUAAGCACUUUGUUUAUCAAGAAUCUACCUACCUUUGUCUUAAAUAUCCAAAGACUCACGAUAGUUUGAGAGAAAAGUAAAAUGCUCCUUAAUCCUCCUUAAAUGGGUGACCCCUUAUUUUUAAACAGUGAGCCUGAGUUCUAGAUUCUCCCACAAGAGGAGACAUGCAUCCUCUCAAGACCAGGAUGUCACAGAGUACAAAUGAAUAUUUUACUAUAUUGAAUAGCAGGGAUUUCUCUUGCAUUAUGAUGAGCUAAAUGGGAAAGCAAUCCCUUUUGAAUCUUGGAAAGACAAUCUGUCAGUUUUGUUAAUGUACUUGGAAACAGUGGGAGCUUUGGAGGAAACAUAAGGAUUGAUGUGUCUAUGCACACAAACCACUUAAAACUAGUACGCAAUAUAAAACAAACUGGGAACUGGAAAAAAGAGUUGGAAUUCAAAUACGACGCUUCAGCAAAAUGCUGCCUGAUUUACCAGGUUCAGUUUGGGGCAGUUCACCUCAAGGAGGUCAUAUUGGACUUGACAGAGGUACAAACAUUGAUUCACCAGAAAUAUAGUAAAGUUUAAACUGGGUAGAGAUUGAAUAAACCUGGUUCAUGUGUUAAAUGGUAACUGUCGUUUUUCAAGAAGUAGAUAGAGAACUGUUUCCCCUGCUGAGGGAAUUAAAGGAUGAAGAGUAUACCUUUAGAUUAAAGCUGGACUAUUCAGGAAUGAAUAGCACUUUCUCACAAAUGCAAUUGGAAAUCUAGAAUUCUUUGCGCCAGGUCACUUACAGUUUUAAAGUCUGAGAUUCAUAAAUUUACAUUGAUUAAGGUAUCAAGGGGUGUAAAGGAAAGGUUGAUAAAUGGAGUUGAGAUACAGAUCAGCCAAGAUUUGGCUUCAUGGCAGAACAGGCUCAAGCAGCACAAUGACAUACUCCUGUUCCUACAUACUGUCUCAAGGGAAAGUCGAAGAGAGACAACCUUGGAAUUCCUGUGACUAGAUCCAUCUUUCCAGGGAACCAUGAGAAUUUCUUGGAUACUGUGUGUGAUCCUGAAGAGUACAUCAGUAUUAGCAAUGAGGGUGCCCAGGAGUGUAUCUAGUAUUUGCAGGGGAAACCUUACAAUACAUCAGUAUUUACAGGUGGUUCCCCUAAUAUAUCACUAUUUCUAUGGCAAUAUUUCUGGUUUAAUAAUUUUGCGACUGCACACCCAUGAAUCAGUACUUUUCAAGAUAACCCCUGCAGUAUAUUAAUAGUUCCACGUGAGUUGCAGGAAUAUAUUUGCACGGGGAAUCACUACAGCACUUCAAUAUUGAUAGGAUUCUCCCAGGAAUUUCAGUAUUUUCAGAAAAAAAAACAGGAUUGCUAUCAAUUGGUUUGCUGUGACAAAGAGACCCUGCCAAAAGCAUUGAUGUGUCCAUGUCUUUUUAGAUGCUGAAGGGUCUUGUGUACUUCUAGCAUUAUGUUUGCUUUUGGGAGUUGCAACUAACUCUUUUUAUCAUUUUUGUUGGCUGCUUUUGAGUUCCAUAACAUGAAUUGAUGCAGAUACUUCUUGUUGUGCAUGAGUUUAAAAACUGACUUUACCAGAACACUUUAUAAUUUUAACUCUUUAUCAGCUAAUAACUUGAGUCAAUAAUGAAAUAACAUUAAAAGUAUCAACACAG